AUGGCGGACGCCGGCUUCAGAGUGGAGUUAAGAGUUCAGUUCCGGUGCGAUAGUCCGGGCAAUAGUGCCGCGGGUACGGCGGAGUUCAGGGGUGAUAGUCCGGGGGAUAGUGCUGCGGAUGCAGCGGAGUUCCGGGGUGAUAGUGCCGCGGAUGCAGCGGAGUUUAUGUGCGAUAGUUCGGGGGAUAGUGCCGCGGAUGCAGCGGAGUUCCGGGGUGAUAGUUCGGGGGAUAGUACCGUGGGUACGGCGGAGUUCAUGUGUGAUAGUCCAGGGGAUAGUGCCGCGGAUGCAGCGGAGUUUCGGGGUGAUAUUCCGGGGGAUAGUGCCGCGGAUGCAGCGGAGUUUCGGGGUGAUAGUCCGGGGGAUAGUGCCACGGAUGCAGCGGAGUUUCGGGGUGAUAGUCCGGGCAAUAGUGCCGCGGGUACGGCGGAGUUCAGGGGUGAUAGUCCGGGGGAUAGUGCUGCGGAUGCAGCGGAGUUCCGGGGUGAUAGUCCGGGUGAUAGUGCCGCGGAUGCAGCGGAGUUUAUGUGCGAUAGUUCGGGGGAUAGUACCGCGGAUGCAGCGGAGUUCCGGGGUGAUAGUUCGGGGGAUAGUACCGUGGGUACGGCGGAGUUCAUGUGUGAUAGUCCAAGGGAUAGUGCCGCGGAUGCAGCGGAGUUUCGGGGUGAUAGUCCGGGGGAUAGUGCCGCGGAUGCAGCGGAGUUUCGGGGUGAUAGUCCGGGGAAUAGUGCCGCGGAUGCAGCGGAGUUUCGGGGUGAUAGUCCGGGGGAUAGUGCCGCGGAUGCAGCGGAGUUUCGGGGUGAUAGUCCGGGGAAUAGUGCCGCGGAUGCAGCGGAGUUCCGGGGUGAUAGUCCGGGGAUAGUGCCGCGGAUUCCGGGGGAUAGUGCCGCGGAUGCAGCGGAGUUCCGGGGUGAUAGUCCGGGCAAUAGUGCCACGGGUGCGGCGGAGUUCAUGUGCGAUAGUCCGGGGGAUAGUGCCGCGGAUGCAGCGGAGUUCCGGGGUGAUAGUCCGGGGAAUAGUGCCGCGGAUGCAGCGGAGUUCCGGGGUGAUAGUCCGGGGAUAGUGCCGCGGAUGCAGCGGAGUUCCGGGGUGAUAGUCCGGGGAUAG